AUGAAUUUUACAAAACCACCGCUACCCUUCUUUGGAAAUAAGAGUAGAUGUAAAGAUAUUCUAUUGAGAGAACUUAAGAAACUACCGAAUGGUCUAACAUUUGUAGAUUUGUUCGGUGGAAGUUUCUAUAUAUCUCAUUUGUGCCAUACUGUAUUUCCUGACUCAAAGAUUAUAUGCAAUGACUUCGACAACUAUAUGAACCGUCUCAAACAUAUACCAGACACAAACAAAAUAUUGAGUGAGUUGAAAGAAAAGAUACCUAUAGGUAAGAUGGAACGUAUACCAUUAGAUAAGAAAAAUACUGUCAGAGAGGUUUUGAAAAAAGCAGAGUAUAUUGACUGGGAUAGUAUAUCUUCUAGACUAUUAUAUAGUGGUGCUAUAAGAGUUCAUGACAUUGAAACACUUAUGUCAAAAGUUUUAUAUCUUAACUAUACAAAGGUUUUCAAAGAGAACAUAGAAAAAUAUACUGA